GCACCAACUCAACUCGCACAACCACUAACUUAGUGAAAUGGUGAACCUCUCGGGCUGCUUAGGUAAACGCAAGGGGCACUGCACCAUGAAAGGGGGACUGCAAUGCUCGUGUCACCAAUAUUGAAACAAAAUCACGCACUCGCACCUCAAUGAUUACAGCAUCAACUUCCAAAAAGACUUCUUGACCGAGUCCGAGCGAGAGGCUCCAAGACUUGUCGCGGAGGAGAUGGGGAAAAUCAGAGAUAUCGUGCAUGCUUUGUUCAAUCCAAGGAUGGUGCCUGCCUUCGUGAUCUCGUUGGACGCUUUGGGAACAAUCUACAAGUUCCGCGAGCCCAUCUCCAAGCAGUACAUCAGAGUUGCCCAAGAAUGUGGUGUGCGUGGUAGUUUGGACCCUGCCGAGCUGGACAAGGCCUUCAGGUCUUCCUUCAAGCACUACAACGCUGAAUACCCGAACUACGGCAAGGGGCAGCUCGAAGGUCCUGAGGAGUGGUGGACAAAGGUCGUGAAUCAAGCUUUCGGUGACCUCGUUGGCCAGGAUAAGAUACCUGGGGAGCUGGGGACUAAGCUCUACCAUCAUUUCUCAUCUGGCGCUGCAUACAAGCUAUACCCCGAUGUUCAACCCUUUUUACAAAGUAUUCGUGCUUUGAAGAAUCGAUACGAGCAGCCUGGCGGUCCGCUUGUCCUAACUGGGGUCGUCACAAAUUCAGAUCCUCGUGUCCGACUGGUGCUGCAAGACCUUGGACUUCAAAUAGGGCCUUCAGAGCCUGUUCGCUUUGAUGUAAGGAGCAUGCACGCGAGGGCGUCAGCUCGCAGCGACCCGAUGCAGGCCAUGGUCUUUGAAGGCUUCUACAAUCCUCGAAAUGACUUCGACUUCCUCUGGACAAGUUACGAAUCUGGCCAUGAGAAGCCAGACGCCAGAAUCUGGCGCUCUGCCAAACAUUCCAUGUUACCUAUGAUGCCAAUCGCGCGAGCAGACGCUCUAUACAUAGCGUCAACGGAGCCUUCUCAAAGAUCUACUGUCGAGGCUAUGAGGCAGAAUCUUGACUUGACACUUGACUUUAGAAAACUGAUGUGGAUUCACAUUGGUGAUGACUUUUCUAAAGAUUAUGUUGGAGCCAAGGAAGCAGAAUUGAAUGCUUUGCUGCUGAAACGGGAUGAAGUCUCAACUUUGCUGCACAAAGAUCAUGCUGUUGACGACGACGCCGAGACUGUCACAUCCCUAGGAGAGGCAACCAUGGUGCUGAAUAUGAUGGCUCAAGAACAUUUUCGCGAAGUUCGAUCGUGAAAGGGGCAGAGUCUGCACUUGUUCCCAGUGAUGGAGCUAUGCGGCACAAAAUCAAGGACCCGUCCUGACUGUCGCCAUGUCGACAUGUUUUCAUAUCGCGUCAUCUGGUGAUUUAUCGGAACUGUAGCCCUUGCCGGGUCGCAGGCGUAGUCUCCAAGAACAGCCAGGAGCACAGCAUGUCACCUAGACAACCUCAACGACUGCUCGGUUUCAAACAGUAUCGAGCUCCUCUUAGUCG